CACAGGAUCGACUCGUACUCUCCCUCGGCCGCCAUCUUGGUCCAACUGUUAUUGAUGUGGGAGUUGUGGUGCUGAAAACUGCGGAAGCGGAAACCGUCCGGUCGUGUCGUCUACUCGAAGAUUCCUGAAUAUCUGCUCAUGCGUUAGGAUCUGGUUUCUGACAUCCUGAGACAAACCAAUGCAGGCAGGAGGAAGAGGCAGGAUGAAUGCUAACUGAGACAGCACAACAAAUACAACCAAAAGUUAGACUUUUACAGCAGAGGAAGAUUUUACUGAAGAUUGCGGUGGUUUGAUUCCCCACCUCUCCUCCAGACAUCAUGACGUCCUCUAUGCUCCGUCGACAGCUGAAGAACCUGGUCCAGAACUACUCUGAGGCCGAGGUCAAGGUGAGAGAGGCGACAUCCAAUGACCCAUGGGGCCCAUCCAGCUCUCAGAUGGCCGACAUUUCUGACCUAACGUACAACGUUGUGGCCUGUAAUGAGAUCAUGACGAUGCUCUGGAAACGUCUGAAAGACGACAAGAACUGGAGACAUAUCCACAAGUCCCUGACACUCCUGGAGUACCUGCUGAAGACCGGUGAUGAUCGCGUGCUUCUGAAAAUGAAAGACAACAUCUACAUUGUCAAAGCUCUCACAGAGUACCGCUUUGUAGAAAAGGAUGGCAAAGAUCAGGGUGUAAAUGUGAGAGAGAAGGCCAAGGUUGUUCUUGUUCUUAUGGAGGACGAUGAGAAACUAAAGGAAGAGAGAGAGUUUGCUGUCAAGACCAGAGAAAAGACAUCAAAAAGUGCAGCUGCAUCAUCUGCGGACAACGUCAAGGAUCCAAACUAUAAGCCGUGUUAUGUACCUGGGACCACAGGGCUUCCAUCUUUGGACAACAUACCCUCUGUAGCUGACUUGACUGCUUCCUUCGCCGCCCGCAAAGAAGAGCGGCUUAAACAGGAAGCUGAGAAGAAAGAAGCCGAGAGACGGGCCAAGAUGAGUGAAGAGGAGCUAAAAUGGGAGGAUGCUAAUAAAGGUUCUGAUGUUAAAAUUGACGCUUGGGGAGGAGAGAAAGAAGAGGAAGUAAAAACGGACCCAUGGGGAGCUCCCAAAGAACCUAAGGAGGCCGUAGAUCCAUGGGGCACCCCCUCAAGACCUGACACAACUGAAACCGCAGCUAGCAGUGAUCCCUGGGGGGCUCCAACAAGUACUGAUAAAGAUCCAUUUGCAGCAGAACAAACUAAUGAUGAUCCUUUUGUGGCACCAAAAAAUGGGGAAGAUCCUUUUGCAGCACCGAAAAAUGGGGAAGAUCCUUUUGUGGCACCGAAAAAUGGGGAAGAUCCCUUUAGUGCAUCAAAAGAUGACCCUUUCAACACCCCAAAGGACAGUUCAGACCCUUUCAGUGCCCCCAAAGACACGCAGGAUCCAUUUGCUGCUCAGAAAGAUAAACCAGACCCUUUCAGCUCUUCUAACAAUGAUCCGUUUAAUGCUCCAAAGGAUGAUCCUUUCAAAGCUCCAAAAGAUGACCCAUUUAUCACCCCAAAAGCUGAUCCUUUUAGUACUCCAAAAGAGGAUCCCUUUAGUGCCCCUAAAGAAGAUCCUUUCAUUACCCCAAAAGAUGAUCCAUUUAAUGCACCUAAAGACGAUCCAUUUAGCUCUCCAAAAGAUGAUCCCUUCAGUGCACCAGCAUUAACACCCCCUAAAGAGGACCCAUUUGCAGAACCGUCAUCAGGGAAAGAGGACCCUUUCACUGCUCCUACAACACCACCUAAAGAAGAUCCUUUCUCAGCGCCAACCAAACCUGCUCAAGAUCCCUUUGCUGCACCAACAACACCACCCAAAGAGGAUCCGUUCUCUACACCAUCUUUACUUGCGAAAGAUGACCCCUUCGCUGCCCCAACAUCUCCACCUCAAGAGGAUCCCUUCUCCACAACAUCCAAACCAACCAAGGAAGAUCCCUUUGCUGCACCAACAACACCACCUAAACCAGACCCAUUCACAGCGCCAUCCAGUCCACCAAAGGUAGAUGCCACAGAUCCCUUCGAUGCCCCUCUAGUGAGCUCGCCUCAGAGUAGCACAGAUGCAUGGGGACCCCCAGCCACUUCUCCACCAGCCACCGGAUCAGAUCCCUGGGGGACCACGGCAAGUGCUUCUUCAACCAUCAGUAAUUCUGAUCCAUUUGGAGAUGCAUCCAAAGCAGACAAUGACCCAUGGGGGCCUCCAGCUUCGGCUCCUGCCAGUACAGACGAUGCAUGGGGUGCACCUGCUCCACCUUUAGACUCCUCCCCAUCUAGUGACCCCUUUGGAGAUGGAGCAUCUAAAUCCAAUCACCCCUGGGGUGCAUCAAGCAACACAAGUGGCAACGGCACAGGAAGGCACUUGAAGCAGGAAGACACGAUGUAUCGAAAGACUGCUUCCUUCUUGGGCUCGGCAGGGGCAUCACUGGUUGACUUGGACGAUCUGUUUUCAUCUGACCCCAAACCCAGACAGCGCCCCCUCAUUGACACCCAAACACAAGCCAUCGGCACUUUCAAAGCAGCAGGCAUGACAUCCAGCCCUAUGCUAAAAUCAGGAGCUUUUGCUGAAACAUCACCCUCAUACUCCAACCCUUUCAUUUCGACCAUAGCUUCCCCCCAUGGUGCACCAACUCCCAUUUCUGGAGCUAACAAUCCUUCAGCAUCACUGAAUACUCUGGGAAUGUCUAAUUCUUCCAUCAGUAUGAUUCAUGCAUCUCAGAUGGGUCCAGAAACGGGAAUGCUAAAUCCCAUUUAUAUCAAUGAGAGUCCACAAUUAGGACACAACAUGAACUCCCCCGUUGGAGGAGUGGGAAUGGUGCAGUUUGGAUAUCCAGGCUCCCUCUUAAUGGGAACUGGAAUGAUUCACUCAGGUGUCUUUCAAGGGAAUCACCCAUCAGGUGACGGUCAGUUUAGAAGCUCCAUCCCACAGGCCGGUGCUGAAGUCGUCUCAGGCAGCGGGUCAGAUGAGAUUGUGAACAAAAAUAAUCCAUUCCUGUUCUGACAACUUGAUAUGUAAUUUGGGUCUCUGGAAUCACCAAAAAGGUAGUUUUGCAUGUUUAGUGCUGCAGUUUAGUGUAUAAAUUCUCAUUACACUGCAAGAUUCAGAUGGGAUUAGUUUUAGAGCAAAAAACCUUACUUUGAAGUGUCUCUUUCCCACAAACAAAUGCAAAAUUGUUCUGAGUGAUCACCUUAGCCUCUAGACCAGCAUGUGUGAUGGUGUUCGCCACCGCCAUUAUCAAAACACUAUGAGGCAAUAUCUUUAAAAGACAGGAGUUCAUCCCUCCAGUAGAGUUCCAGAGACAUGAGUCAUUUUUAUACAGAACUAGGCUGAGAAUUAGCACAGAGCACAACAGCCCACGUCUGACACAUUCUCACUAAAUCAUAUGCUUUUGUUUGGUUUGGACAAGCAAGCUGCCUAAGAAGAGCAGGAGACAGGAUGCACAUCUACACUCCCUAGUGAUGAACACACAGGAUGAUUAUCUGUGCAGUUCUCACCACGUGGACGUUGACAUUCACAAUUCAAAUAUAUAGUAUACGCAGCAGUUUUUAUGUUUCUAAGCUCGGUUGUCAAAGUGCUGUUGAAUUUACCCAGAAGGAAAUGACAGUAAUUAACAUGUUCGAAGCAGUCUAACUAUUUGACAUGGUAAACUUACAUCUGUGUCUUUCUAGAAAGAAGGACACAAUCAACAAAAAUGGUGUAUUGAUAAUGGGAAGUGGUGAGUAUAUAUUUAUACAUAUUUAGAAGCAUAAACAUGCAAAACCACCUAAUGAUGCUUUAAUAAAAGCAUGAGCUUACACGAACCUCCCCUGAACUGAAGACGCUGCCCAUUUUAAAAAAAAAAAAAAAAAAAAAAAAAAAAUGCAUACAAACACAAUGUGUACAGCGUAAUAUAUAUAUAAACAAAUACACAGAUUAUUAAUAAAGCAGUGUAAUUCUUAUUUAAAAAUGAAUUUAUUAGAUUUUUUUCCUUUCCCUGCACAAGUGUGACAAACAGAGAGCACCUCAGUGUAUCUGUGUGGAAAUCCUAAAGAGUUUUCAGUGUGUUUGAGUGUUGUGACAGGACCUGUAAAUCUUUGACUGGGACAUGCGUCACUGUAGGAUUAAGGGUGCGUGUGUUUGUACAUGCCGACUGUGUGUGUGUGUGUGUGUGUGUGUGUGUGCGUGAGUGAGUGAGAGUAUAAGUAUGUGACCUGUGUGCACGCCAUGUGUCUGCAGUAUUGUGCUGAUGUAAAUAGUGGAAGUAUUUACAAGUAAACCUGGAAAUAUACUGUACUGUAUAUCAGAGUGUUGCAAUCACAAGUAACUAUUUAUUGAUCUAUUUAUUAAUUUAUUGCUUGGUUAAUUAUUGACACAGCAAUGAAAUCCAACAAGGUCCAAGGUCAGGUGUAACUUUCACUUCAGGCAGGCUGGCCUGGUGGUAUUGAUCGUGUGAUGUUAACGGACUUUAGUCUGAUUGGUUGUUUAAAUACUUCUUCGUGAAUCAGCUCGGUAACCAAUGCUGGCUUCAUCUUCCUGUUUAGCUCUGUAGACAUUUUCGAGUCAUUGUGUAAUUUUCUUCUUGGUUUCCCGGCUCUUUCUGAGGAGAAGCUGAAAUGCCAUUUUGGCGAAAUUAAAAACAGAGUUUAAGAAUAUCAACUUGUUUAAUGUGUAUGCUGUUUGAGUGGAUGUGUAUGUGUACUUGGCCCUCAUUUACUUCAACACAAACAUCUGAAAGGAGACUAAAUGGUUGUGUGUUCUCUUCUUGGGGCUGGUGUUACAUUUUACUUUGAAAUCUUAAAUGGCAGCAGGAUUCAUCAUCAUUUAUGAACUGUAAACGGUAAAUUAAAGCCACACUGAAAGCAGGCAAACAUGACGACUGAAAAGGGAUCACAUGGCUUUGAAUUGUUAGUAUUUUUUGUGUUUCAUGGGCCUGUACGAGUCCUUACUGUGUUACUGACUCGGUAAUAUGUGAACGUUGGUGGAAAAACAGGCUGGAAAAACAGUCUAGCUUCACAUGAUUACUAUUAUUAUUUCUCAGAUUUAAUUUUGUAUGAAAUUAAUUUAUUUUGCGGUGUAUUAAAAUGUAUAGUUGUGUUGUAAACUGUGACAGUACAUUUGAGAAAUAAAAUGAUUCAUGAUACAUUCA